AAUCAAUGAUGGACUCCGAUCCGGCAUCGUUGGAUUGCAAAAUGCGGCCCACUCCAUGCGCUUGCGAGUCACUGAUCUCCUAAAAGCAUUGAAUCUGAUCCGAGACGUCUUUCUCCCAAGUCCGACUGCGGUGGCUGCAUUCAACUAUAUAAUUGCAGUACUUCAGAAAUACUCAAACCGUGAUACUUGCGACGAAAGGGGACAUUUCUGUAAAUUUGCAUAAAUUGUACGCGUCCCAAGCGGCGUCAGAAACGUGACACGAGACUCACAUGCUUGACAUGUUGAUUCCAUGGAUGUAGGUCUUAUCGAUGCAUCCUCCUUAGCCGCGAUCUGUUGGGUUCAACCUGACCCGGAAGAAGAUAAGCGGUCGGGCUCCAUGGGCAUGGCGCGGAGAAACGAACGGCCCCGGGGCGACAACCCAGGAUAAGGAGGUGCUCGCAUCUCCUCCGCUGCUGCACAUGGCGUCUGCGUCUCUCACGAGCCUGCUCCUCCCGCCUGCUUCCGGGCCCCUGCUUCGCUCGCCUGACCGUCGCGUGCGGCGGCAGGCGGCCAUCAAGUGCAAGGCGAAGGACGCCGGGAGCAGCAGCGGCGGCGGGGGCGGGGGUCUCGAGAUCGCGGUGGCGGCGGGCGGCCUGCUGUCGUGCCCGGUGAUCGGAUUCUCCCUGUACACGCUGAAGACCACGGGCUGCGGGCUGCCGCCGGGUCCCGGCGGGUCGUUCGGGGCGGCGGAGGGGGUGAGCUACCUGGUGGUGGCGGGCAUCGUGGGGUGGUCGCUCUACACCAAGACCAAGACCGGGUCGGGACUGCCCGCGGGGCCGUACGGCCUCCUGGGGGCCGCUGAGGGGCUCUCCUACCUCGCCGCGCUCGCCGUCAUCGUCGUCUUCGGCUUGCAGUUCUUGGAGCGAGGGUACAUUCCCGGACCUCUCCCCGGUGACCAGUGCUUUGGGUGAGCUUGAUCCUUUGUUUAUCUUGUCUCCCCGUCUGAUUGCCGAAGCAGUACUUUAUUGCCUGUUCUUUCCUUAUGACAUAUAUUAAAAGAUCAAAAAGAUGAAUUGUGCAUGUAAUAAAUUGAUUUACGAUUUUAAAAGUAUAUAUCGUAUUUGCUAA